GAUGUACAAUAGACGAGCAGGGAGUUUGGUUGCAGAGGCACCGGUUACAAAGUCUUGCGUACCAAGUGUCCUUGGGUAGAGACGGUGCGGCUGAGAAAGGAAGAUCGGCUCGAGUGCGGUACCGCAGAUUUCUUACACGCAAUCCUCGACUUAGCCUGCAUUUACAAUGGGAGAUGUUGAAAAGGGCAAGAAGAUCUUUUCUAUGAAAUGCGGAACCUGCCAUACAGUAGAGGAAGGAGGCAAACACAAGACUGGUCCCAAUCUACAUGGUCUGUUUGGUCGAAAAACUGGUCAAGCUGUUGGUUACUCUUAUACAGCAGCCAACAAAAACAAAGGUAUAAUCUGGGGAGACGAUACAUUGAUGGAGUACCUGGAAAACCCGAAGAAGUAUAUUCCAGGAACUAAGAUGGUCUUUACUGGCCUUAAGAGUAAGAAAGAGAGGACAGAUUUAAUAGCAUAUCUUAAGGAAGCCACUGCUAAAUAAUGGCUGUCUAUUGCCUUAUUUAUUUUAUCAAACAGAAACAUUCUCUGGGAUGAGAUUAGAUCUUAAACUUUCUAUUUUUACAUGCAUUGUAUCUAACAUUUAAAAAUAUUACUCAUCAACCAGAGAACUUUGAUCAUGGAUGGUUGUAAAAAAUAUGUAUUUGUUAUCAUAAGUUAUAGAAUUGUGCAAUCAGGCUUCAAAGAAUAUUGUCAGGACAACUACAUUGCAACCUGAAUCAUGUAAUUAAAAUCCUAUCGAUGUCA